UACUUAAUUACUUACUUUUGCAAAGAUAAGACAACAGUUGAAGGACGGUAUAUUAGUUCAAAAACUGAGAAUUGACUGUAAGCAACUACUUCUAUCAUAUAGAUCAAAAUCUCUGUGUUAGUGCAGCAACUUAUCCGCAAAAUGCAAGCUGUUCGUCAGUGUUCGGUGUGUGCCAGCGGUGCUACUGGAGGACUUCUGCGAAACCAGACAGACUUUUCGUUUCUUAGGACCAACAAGAGUGUGCUCAGGAGAGGAGCCGCCUGUAUCCGCUUCAUAAGCAUUUCUGAGAGUGGCCAAAUCAGCAGCUCCGAGAGCGGAGUCCAAAAGUUGGAGGAUAAGACAAACGCUGCACGCAUCAGCGUCACAACUACUAGCGGUGCCAGUGGGCUCAACACUAUCUCUGUGACAAAGCAGGUGGAAAACCUCUCUCAUGACUCCCUGAUCAGAAGAGCUGCCUCAGUGGCAACAGACGGUUCAAGUACCUUCCUCUCACAGACCACCAUCGCUCUCACCGAUGCCCUCAAAGACUAUACAAAGGCUGUGCACACACGCGUUGCUUUUCAAAGGCGCUAUUUAGCCACACUGCGGAAACUGACCUCAGCAGAGGAGGACUCACUCCUGGAGGUGAUCAAUAUGCAGCGUGCUGAGGCUACUGACAGACUAGAUGACUGCAAACGCUUUGAGUCAACCUGGAUCAACGCCGUCAACUUGUGCAAAGUGGCAGCAGAGGCAGCACACUCUUCAGGAGCAGAACACGCAUCCAUCACAGUGAGGACAAACGUUCAGGUGGCCCAGUCGCAGGUGGAGGAGGCUCGCACACUGUCAGCCGAUGCAGACAAGAAGCUGGCUGAGACUAAGGUCGAGGAGAUCCAAAGGAUGGCAGAAUAUGCUGCCUCUAGGUGGGAUAGUGAGGAGCACGAGGUGCAUGAGGCUUAUCUUCGAGAGGACUAAGACAUUGACAGAGAUAUAUGAAAAUUAAGCAAAACAUUUGCUUAUUUUUUAGCCUGUGAGAUUGUACAGGGACUACGAUGUGUAAUUGUUUCAAGUUGCAUAAAUUAUUAUUUAAGAUUAUUUAUUUGAUCAGUAAAUGUCAGCUUGGCUCUUGGAGCUUCUGAAAAACGAUUAUGGAAUCUCCAAUAAACAUACAGUCUAUAUUUGGCAGUGUGAAAGAGGGGUUUAUCCAACAUAGCAUCACCGUGUUGUUUAUUGUAUGGCUUUUUGUGGAAAUAAAAUGUACUCAAAGAAAAACUA